AACUUCAAUUGAAAAAAAAAAACAUUUAAAACAUUUUUGUCCAUGAUGGAUCUAUAUUUUCAAUGGUUAUCAAAUUCAACGUUUGAACCGGAAAAAAGAGACGUGUUAAGCUUAUUUCUGGCGGCAGAAAAUGAGAAUCGCCUUUUAUGAGGUUCCCGAAUCUAAAACCCGUGAAACAAACCUUUCAGAAAGACGUCUGGUCAGCUGAGUGCUCCCUGACAAAGGACAAUGAAAACCGUUCAGUAAAGUUUGUAUUUGGUGUCACUCUUUGUUGUGAACCAACGUGUUAUAGUUUUCAUAAACGAAAACAUUUUUUCAAAGGGUUACACUACAGCUCGGGAUGUUUAAAGAUAGAAAAGCUUGGUUUUCCCAAAGUGUCCCCAGACGUUUCUGCGAUAUGUGGAUGUCUGAAGGUGGCAUUAUUACAGACUGGACAACAGCAGACUACAUUUUCAGUAAAGACGCAUCUCAUCCAGACACUCAUCGGCUAUAUGAGAGUCUGGACUAUUCUAAAAACAGGUUGACAGUUUUUCACGCCUCUUAUCUGUCUGCUUGUGAGAAGAACAGAAACAAGGUAGCUGUGUCUGUGGGCCACUUCGUUCUUCCACCUUCCUCUGUUCAGAAAGAAGUGAAAGCAGCAGUGGGAAGUUUCAUUUGGGAGAAAGAGGACAAUCAAAGUACAAAACAGUUGCCAUGUGGCAGAAUAAUCCAGAUGGAAAAACAGAAGGAUAAAGAGUACCACAGCGUAGGAAAGGACAGCCUUAAAAAAGACAGCAAUAAAAUAAGGCAGGUGACAUGUGGAAUUAAAAAUCCACAAAGGGACAUGCCAUUGUGCUGUAACCCUCAGUAUUAUCCAAUCAAUAAUAUGUUCACAGGAUAUCUUUUUAUUAAUCAACUGAAAAAAUAUUCAGGAGAGUUAGCUGACUUCCUUCCUGGACAUGCUGGAUAUUCUGUGUGCAAAGCACAUAGUGAAAAAUUUACUUUCAAAUCUAAAAACAGAAAUGACAAAUGUAUUAACAGCACUAACUGACCACUAAUUGAAACUCUAUCAA